AUGCUUACCACCACCCUUUAUGUUGGGUUCUUGACCACUCCUGUGAUGGUGUUGGCUAGUCUGACAGUCAGUGACCCAUCGGAUGUCAUUACUCCAGAUGCAUGGGCUGCCGAUAAUGCAAUUGUCCCGGAUUACAACGUGCCGUUUAUCAGUCAGCAGCCUUCGGACCUCGUUGCUCCUUUCUAUUACUCCAAUGGAACUACGACCCUCGAUCACACGUCCUUCUACGUGGAUGAGAACGAUACAAGUGUCAUUGUAGUAGCUGACAGUUCUUCACUCAAUUUGUCCUACGUCGACGUACUGAAGUACGGCUAUGCUUCUAAUCUGUUGGAGGCAAGUUUUUACGGCUUCAACGCUGCGAUCAAUGUUGCCAAUGCAUCGGGUGCUCACCUCGAUCAUGUUAAUAUUACCGUUCACAACGGAGCUGCCAAUGUCUAUGCAUAUGGCACUGACACCGUGGUCUAUGUCGAUAACAGCUGGUUGUAUAGCAGUGGCCCAGUCUCGCACGGACUUUAUGCAUCUGGAAAUGGAACUAUUAUCGGCAAGAAUCUUCAGCACUUUUCUGGUGGCAUUCGCUCUUCUUCCUUCUCAGGAGACUCGCCCAAAGGAACAGUUAGAGUUUACGACUCCAUUGCCCACAGUGCUGGUGUGGGCUCAGCGACUUAUUACGCUCUUGGGGAGAUUUACGCGGAGAACGUCCUGUCACGAUCUGACAAUGGACCUGUUAUCUUCAUGGAUGGUAAUCAGAAUGCAACUCUAGUCAAUUGUGAUGCGACUGCAGGUCUCCUUGGAGGAGUUGCCAUUUUCAGUUCCAUGGUUAGGACUUCGGGCGCAAGUCUCAAGCUCCAGGAUAGCAAGAUCACCACCCUUGGUUCCACCAUGCCUGGCCUAUGGUUUGGCAACACCAUUAUCAAUGUCGUCAUUGAAAGCAGUGAACUCAACACGGCUUCUGGAAUUCUUCUCGUGGCGAAUUAUUCGCAAAUCACCCAAGAUUUUGAUUACUACGCAUCAUACACCGACAAUAACAAUCUCUUGCCGGCGGAGGUGUUUGCCACAGUCAAGGAGUCUGACCUAGAAGGAGACCUGGUCGCCUACAAUUCCAGUUACAUAUCAUGGACACUUACUGAGUACAGCUCAUGGACCGGCGCCGCCUACUCAGGGUAUGGAGAGGCGUUCUUCGAUAUUGCAUUGGAUAAGACCAGCAACUGGACUCUGACACAAACCACCAUCGUGCAAAACCUGACGGAUGCAGAUUCUAGCCUUUCCAACAUCAAAGGCAAUGGAAACACUCUUUACUACAAUGCGAGUGCUACAUCCAAUGGCUGGUUGGGGGCAAAGACCAUUGCGCUAUCAGGGGGUGGCUUCGCUAAGCCCAUCGGUAGUAGUUGUAGUUAG